AUGGCUGCGCCAAAAAACAACCCAGCCUUGGACCAUCUCUCCGAUAGCGACCAUUCCCACGAUUUAAGUGACAAACUUGACCAUGAUCCCAAGCUAAAGGAUUUCGAUCUCGAAGGUCAGGGUCGUCGUCUAUCGCAUGCCCAUGUUGCCGUGGACUCGUCCUCAACUACCGAGAGUGUCGGACGCCAGAUUGAGCUGGAAGCUGAAAAUGCAAUCCAGUACCGUACAUGCAGUUGGCAGAAGACGGCUGCACUGCUCUUCUCCGAGUACAUCUGUUUGGCCAUGAUGUCCUUUCCCUGGUCAUACUCAGUCCUUGGUCUGGUGCCGGGUCUGAUUUUGACUGUUUUCAUUGCAGGUGUCGUUUUGUAUACUUCUUUGACAAUUUGGAAGUUUUGUCUUCGACACCCGGAAAUCCGCGAUGUUUGUGAUAUUGGCCAGUACCUAUUCUGGGACUCAAAAUGGGCGUGGUGGUUUACUGCGGUCAUGUUCCUUCUGAACAACACGUUCAUUCAGGGCUUGCAUUGUGUGGUGGGAUCCGAGUACCUCAACACCAUCUCUAACGGCGGUGCCUGCACAGUCGUCUUCUCGCUCGUCGUGGCGAUCAUCUCCUUCUUCGUUUCUUUGCCGCGUACAUUUAGCGCUCUUGCUCGAUUGGCGACCCUUUCCGCCUUCUUCACAUUCAUCUCCGUUGUUUUGGCCAUGAUUUUCAUCGGAAUCGAAGGCCACCCGGCCGGCUACCCGAGCGCCGGUGAACCAGAAGUUCUCGCCAUCCCGGCCAAGGGCACAACCUUUGUCAGUGGCAUGAGUGCCUUCCUGAACAUCAGCUAUACUUUCAUUGGUCAGAUCACUCUGCCCAGUUUCAUCGCCGAGAUGAAGGAACCGCGUGACUUCUGGAAGUCCGUGACAGCCGUGACCAUUGCCGAAGUCAUUCUGUUUAGUUUGGUCGGAUCCAUCAUCUACGCAUACACAGGUUCGCAGUCAGCAUACAUGACAUCGCCCGCCUUCGGUUCAAUUUCAAACGAGGUCUACAAGAAGGUUUCCUUCUCGUUUAUGAUUCCGACUCUCAUUUUCCUCGGUGUCCUAUACGCUUCUGUCUCUGCUCGUUUCAUUUUCUUCAACAUCUUCGAGGGCACGCGCCACAAGACUCAAAAUACCGUGGUGGGCUGGGCCUCUUGGGCUGGAAUCUUGGCCGUGCUUUGGAUCAUGGCUUGGAUUAUUGCCGAAGUCAUUCCGUUCUUCUCGGAUCUGGAGUCGAUCAUGAGCUCCCUGUUUGAUUCUUUCUUCGGUUUCAUUUUCUGGGGAGUGGCCUACCUUCGCAUGCGUAGGGCCGAGUACGGACCCAAUUUCUAUAAAACCCGAGGUAUCCGCGGCUGGUUGGGUGCUAUUUUCAACGUCAGCUUGAUUUUCAUGGGUCUUUACUUCUUGGGACCUGGUACUUAUGCCUCUGUUAUGUCCGUGGUUAUCAGCUACAGAGAAGGCACUGUUGGUGGUGUUUUCACUUGCGCCAGCAACGCCCUUUGA